AACCUCUUCAUGAGAUAUAGCUCGGCUGACAGUCACAUAGCAGAGUUGACUGGUGUACUUUAUUGCAAGGAUCCGGUGGAUUUCUUAUUCCUGAGCUGACGAACAAGCCAACACUCCCUUUUGGACCCAGCUGGACACAAGGAUGCUUUACCUUACUGUUAGUUUCCACCAAAUCUUUUCCACCUUGUUUGUGGUCUGCAGCACUGCGGUGAUGGCAGAUGAUGAAUGCCCACCAGUGUGCUCCUGUGCUACCUCAUCUCCGAUGUGUCCGGCGGGUGUCAGUUGGGUGAGCGACCAUUGUGGCUGCUGUAAAAUAUGUGCAAGGCAGUUCAAUGAAGACUGCAGCGCUGUUCAGCCCUGCGAUCAUAUCAAGGGGCUUCGCUGCUAUCUCGGAGCUGGAGGAGACCCCGGGAGAGGACUUUGCCGAGCCGAGGCUCAUGGUCUACCUUGCGAGUUCAACGGCCAGUUGUACCAGCACAGUGAGAACUUCCAGCCCAGCUGCCAGCAUCAGUGCACCUGUAUGAACGGAGUGGUGGGCUGCAUACCCCUCUGUCCUCACCGAGUGCCCCUGCCCAACUUGCACUGCUCACGGCCCCGGUUGGCACGGCCAGAAAACAGCUGCUGCGAGGAGUGGUUUUGUGACGACGACAACCACAUCGGAAUGGAGCCAGAAGAAAUGACACAAAGCCAUCUGUCAGAGAGUCAGCCUCUUCCAAACCACAUCAGUGCUUUGCUGCCACCCUACCCACAGCCUCGCAAGCCAGCUGCCACAAGUGGGACCGUGUUCAGAGAGAUAACAGCAUUACCAAUGCCUGAUUUGUUACCGGAAUCCAGCUGUUUUCUACAGACCACUGACUGGACAGAAUGCUCCACCUCAUGUGGGUUGGGAAUAUCAAGUCGAGUCACUAAUAACAACCCAGAUUGUCAACUGAUCAGAGAAACCAGACUUUGCCAGAUUCGACAAUGCCACCUGGAGCUUCCUAUGGCAACUAAGGGGACGAGGUGCCAAAGAACUGUUCGCCCGCUGGAGCCAGUUCAAAUCACUUUUGCUGGAUGCUCUACAUCACAGCUCUACCGCCCUCGCACCUGUGGAUUUUGCUUAGAUGGUCGCUGCUGCAGGCCCUCGGUCACCCGAACGGUACGGCUGCGCUUCCGUUGCCUGGACGGUGACAGCUUCUUCAGAAAUAUGAUGUGGAUCCAACGUUGCACCUGCAAUAAAAGCUGUCACACACACAGCAGGCCCUCAAGCCCUUUGCUCAAGCUCCACAAUGACAUUCACAUCUUCAGGCGCUGAGGCUGACUCAUCGGCUCUGGCCUGGAAGACUUUGCACCGACCCCUUUUGCCCCUUUAACCCUACCAUACCCUCCCUUGGCAAUAUACCCGCUUGCACUUUAAGUUUCACAAUGACAGUCAAUUUGCAGGAGAUGUGUAAAACCACAAGAGCAGCUCACAGCAUAUUGCACUCUGCAGCUCUGUUAGACUGUUGGAAGUAAGCUUGUACUGACUUUUUAUUGUAUUAUUUUAUUUAUUUGUAUAUUUUGUUCACUUUCUCAAUAUGACAGCUAGUCGUAUAGAACAUUUGAAGAGAGGACGAUUUUGUCAUGCAGCCUGUGUGCUGUAUCAUAAUUCGGUCAUUCAAAAGCAUUAUUUCUGACAAAUGACUAUCUAGACUUCACUCAUACUGUAUUUGUGGAGUGAUAUUUUUGGGGAUCACCUCAUUAUUCGGGGUGUGAUAUUUUGUGUUCUUUGUGUGUUGAAACUGACCAUAGCAUACUUUAUGUUUGAAAAAUGUUGCAUAUUGCUGGCAUCAGGCCGAAAUCUCCCAUGUCACAAUUUGCUAAAACUCUAUACUAUCAGUUAGGCCACACGUGUGGGUGUUAUUUUUAAAAAUUAUUGACACAGUGUUGAACGAUGUAAUGUUAAUCAAUGGUUGAACAAACAUGACCUUUUGGGGGUCUCUUGAAAAGUGAUGAUUCUGGAGGUAUAAGGAUUCCGUCCGACACCAGCGUCAUUUAAACACGCAUUUUAGUUUUUGUCUGUCCACACCUGUAUAGCAAAUAAAACGUC